AUGAAUAACAUCCCAGCUGGACUACGGUCCGCCGACAUUGGGCGCUUCGCCAUCCGGGCUGCCCAGAUCGAAAAGGCCAAACCGGUGGUUGCCUACUGGUGCAAUUUCCAUAUCGUGAAUCAAAUCAUUGAAAGGGGCCUCCACAAUUCCGACGAUGAGAUCAUGCAAUACACCACCAAUCUGGUGGAUAAAUUGGAGCAGUUCAAAGUUGAGCACCCAGGGGAUGAGACGGUGACAGAUGAGGUCGCAGCGAGUGCCUAUGUCGAGCAAUUUGGACUGGAAGUCUUUGGUCGCGCUGAAGCUGCCAUGAACGCCAACAAAGUCACAAAGCAAACAGCAGAUACAUUCCAGGCAGCAGCUACUUUUCUUGAACUAUGCUCAAUUUGGGGUGCCGACCCGGAGAUAGCUGGGCGCAUCAAGUUCGCCAAAUUCCACGCCCUUCGCAUCGUAAAGGCCUUCAAAGCUGGCGAAGACCCCAAUGAGACGAAUCCCGCACCGAAACAAGAAGAUGAGCUCAUUGACGAUCCCGAGGUGCAAGCAUUCGAUGAGUCGGUCGCAGAACAUGCCUCCAAACCAACACAGCCAUCGAUCGAAGAGAUCCCAGACGAGUCAGACCGUCUUGGACGAGACCUAGCGCGCAAGUCAACCCUAGACGAGUCGCUUCAUCCGUCCCGCACUUCAUCAGCACCCCGUCCAACGGUCACCUCCGAGCCUGAGAUCCCCUCCGUCCCAAGCAACGCACCUGGCUCUCCCCCUCAGUCAAUGGAUAUCGACAACUCCGGUCCAGGCCUAGAACUCCCAGAUACCCCAGCAACGAUUGGAGGACCCUCCUCAAGACCAGGCCCUAACCUCCCAGAUACCCCCACAGCCUUCCAAUCAUUCCCCCCACCAUCCACCAACCCAUCCGUAAACCCGGCUUCUUUCUAUGAUCCCUCCAACAACGCUAGCGCGCAUCUUCCACCCCCGGCUGCUCCGCCAGCUGCACCGGCCCCAGCUGCUUACACACCUUCCGCGCCUGCACCUUAUGUACCCCCUCAGCCGUCCCAUGGAAUAGACGAUAACACGGUUCAGUUGGCGCAGAAGCAUGCUCGCUGGGCUGUCUCUGCGUUGACAUUUGAUGAUGUUGAUACCGCCAUUAAGGAGUUGAAGAACUCGCUCAAGUUACUCGGUGCGUCGUGA